GAUGUUUUUUUCAUUUGAUAAUUAAAUUAAGCAAAUAUUUGCAAAAUAAAAUGAAAUUUAUAUUAAAGUAAUAACUCUUGCAGAUUACAUGGAGUUCUAUUAACGUGAUGGAUUUUUACCGCCUGAAGUUGUCCAGACCUUUUAGGAAAAAGAUGUAAAAAAUCAAAGAUAAAACCAAGAAAGAAGGAUGCCAGCAGCUCGAAUUUCACCGCUUGUUGAUCAGCGACCUUCCAUUACUUCUCAGGCCACCAGUUCGAGUUCGGGGAGUGUCGACAAUCACAGCGCCUCGUCCACCUCUUUGGAUAAAGUGGAGUUAACUCCGUAUCAAAGGAUCUUACAAAGACUAAACAACGACGAGAAAUGGCAGAAGGAGAUAACUCUAGGAAGACGAGUGGGAUUUUACAGAUUUCGAGGUGACAUCGGGAGUGGAAAUUUUUCUCAAGUCAAAGCUGCCGUUCAUUGCUUAAGUAAAGAGAGAGUAGCGGUUAAAAUUUUGGACAAAUCGAAACUCGACCAGAAAACACAAAAAAUGUUAAGCAGGGAAAUUAUUAGCAUGGAGGGACUGCAUCAUCCUCAUAUAAUACGGCUGUUCGAAGUAGUGGAAACUUUGACCAAAAUCUAUCUGGUGAUGGAGUAUGCUAACGGAGGAGAACUCUUCCAUAGGAUAUCCACAGAUGGGAGAUUUCCCGAAAUGGAAGCAAAACAUAUAUUCGCUCAAGUUACGGCUGCAUUAGACCAUAUGCAUCAACGAAACAUCAUCCAUAGAGAUUUGAAAGCCGAAAAUGUUUUCUUCGCUGGGCCAAACGUAGUUAAAGUAGGCGAUUUCGGAUUCAGCACUCAAGUGAGAGAACGAGAGGAAGCUCUUUGUACUUUUUGUGGUUCACCUCCUUACGCCGCACCCGAACUUUUCAAGGACGAAAAUUACGUCGGAGCUUACGUUGAUAUAUGGGCACUGGGAGUGUUGCUAUACUUCAUGGUUACCGGUUCUAUGCCCUUUAAAGCUCAAACUGUCGCAGCUCUCAAAAAACUAAUCCUGGAAGGUCAUUACGUUAUACCACAAUACGUUAGCGACUCUUGUUGUCAAUUAGUGAGAGGAAUCCUACAGAUAGUACCCCAUUAUCGUUAUACCAUAGAACAGAUUAAAAACACAGAAUGGUUGAGGAACCAACACUUUCCAUCCGAACUAACCAAAUAUAGUAUUAACACCAAUCCCGACGGACCUUUUAGUGAUAUAGAGAGAGAAACCAGACAACAAUUGAAAGAAUUGGGAAUCACCGAAGAGAUGUUAAAAGAGUGUGCCGAUAAAGGAUCGAGAUCCAACAUCACGGGCACUUACAGAAUCAUCGUGCAUAAGUUACAGACUUGUCCUUCGCAGAACAGAGAAGGCGAAGUGACAGAAUCUGUAUCUUCUGCACAGUUACCCCAACGUAAUCCAAGUACCUCGAAGCAUAGUGAAAAGGGAUUUAGAUUCUUAAAAAGGAAACCCUUUUCCGGUCAUAAAAAAUCAAAAACAUGUAAUAUCUUUUAGUUUCUACAUACCAUAUAUAUUACUAUAAAUAUAUAUAUAUAUAUAUAGGCCUACACACACAAUUAUUUGUUAAUGUCUAUCGAAAUCGCAAUCCUUCCAGACUAUCCGAAACUAUAUAAAAAAUUCCAAAGGUGGAAUGUAUUAAAUCUUGAUUUUUCGUAACUUAAUACUUUAUACGUAUCCCUCCUCCCAGAUUUAGCUCAAUGGUAGGUCAACAACUUGUUAUAUUACAUAUCUAAAGAAGGUCUUGUAUAACUCCGUUAACGAAAUAAUGUUUUACAAGAGUGUAUUGUUCGUAUUGCCGAAACUUUAGUUUACAUUGUGAUGCUUACAAAAAAACACACAAAAAUAAAGAGUGCCUACAUAAAAAGAUGGCGGAAAAAUUAUUUUUUUUGUGAUUGGAAGCUUCCGUGUAAUAUUUACAUAGGUUACUGCCGUUGACGUCAAAAUAGAUCGAAAUAUAUAUAUAUAUAUGUAUAUAUUGUACCGAAAAAAAAGAAAAUAUAUAUAUAUAUAUUUAUUCUUUCUGAAUGCUAUAUUUUAAUAAUCUUUAGUAUGUAAAUAAUGCCUGAAGCUUCUGUAUAUAAAUAAAUAAACAAAUAUAUAUAUAUAUAUAUAUUGUGAUAG